AAACGUAGCGACCAAUGAGUAGCGGGGCUACGCGCAGACGUAGCGCUACGAGCACCGCGGCGCGGGGCGCUACACGAUCGACAGACGCACCGUAGGAGCUGCUACGCCAGGGAUCUGAAAAAAUGUACCGCGUAUGAGUGACCUUUAAUGUGGAAUAUCGAGCAGCCGCAAUGCAGGGGUUCCAGGCCGCUAAAGAGAAGGCGUCAGGCCUCUUCGCUAACAAACCCCUUUUAUUCAAAAACAGUCAAUAUGAAAACUUCCACGUCGACCAGAAGGGAUACGAUCAGAUGUAUGAUGGAGAGGAUCUGGAAACACCACCGUCACCAAAUAGGCCCCCUCCACGACCCAUAGAUAAAUACAUCAAAGCGGAAUGCCCGUGUUUGAGCGCGCGCUACACGGUGGCCCUGCUGGCGUGCUUCGGUUUCAGUAUAAUGUUCGGCAUGCGGUGCAACAUGAGCAUGGCAAAGUUAAAAAUGACUGACAAUUCCAAUAACAAAGGCGAGGAGUCUCCAUUUAAUUGGACUGUUGAAGUGGAAUCAUCUAUUGACUCGUCGUACUUCGCUGGGUACCUCAUCACCCAAGUCCCUGGUGGCUUCCUCGCCUCCAUGUACCCUGCGAACAAGAUCUUCGGCAUCGCUAUAGUAAUGUCAGCUGUAUUCAACAUGGCCAUCCCCGGCGCUAUGACAGUAGGCCCGGCCGCUGUUGUCAUCUUAAAAGUUGCGCAGGGCUUUGUUGAGGGUGUGACAUAUCCAUCAUGCCACGGUAUUUGGAGGAUGUGGGCCCCGCCGCUGGAGCGCUCCAGAUUGGCGACACUGGCCUUCUGUGGCACUUACGCGGGCAUAGUGAUUGGCAUGCCUUUGUCUGGCCUCUUGUCGGAUUACAUAGGCUGGCAGGCGCCAUUCUAUUUUUAUGGCGUUUCGGGUGUCGUUUGGUACGUCUUAUGGCUCUGGUUGGUAUUCGAAAGACCUAGCAAGCAUCCCAGUAUCACGGCAAAGGAGAUGACGUACAUCGAACAGUCGAUCGGCACUGCCACCCAAGCUGCCAUGCCUGGCUUCAUGUCAACUCCCUGGAAGGCAUUUGCUACAUCACCACCCGUUUAUGCUAUCAUUGUGGCCAACUUUUGCAGAACCUGGAAUUUCUGUUUACUCGUCAUAUUCCAAUCUGAAUACUUCAAAACUAGAUUCAACAUGCAGAUAACGGAGUCCGGGUUUGUGGGCGCGAUACCUCAUUUAAUUAUGACGUCAUUGGUGCCCAUCGGUGGAAUGUUGGCUGAUUAUCUGCGAAAGAAUAACAUCAUGACCACGACUAAUGUGCGGAAACUAUUCAAUUGCGGAGGUUUUGGGUUGGAAGCGUUCUUCUUUGUACUCGUCGCCUAUGCUGAUAAUAAGUACGUGGCUACCAUUGAGUUGACGAUCGGCGUCGCGUGCAGCGGUUUCGCUAUAUCUGGCUACAAUGUAAACCACCUCGACAUCGCACCGCGGUACGCGUCUAUUCUGAUGGGGCUGUCCAACGGCAUUGGCACCAUAGCAGGCUUCGUGGUUCCUAUCGUCAUCGCCUACAUGACACAAGAGAAGAAUACACUGGUAAUGGCUAUAAGAGAGUGGCGAGCGGUAUUUCUAAUGGGCGCAACCGUGCACUUCAUCGGCAUUACGAUAUACGGCAUCUUUGCUUCUGGCGAACUUCAACCGUGGGCCGACACCGCCAUCGAAGAACCACCGAUCCCUAUUAAAUCAUUGGAUCAUGAGACUACUUUUACGGAGAAGCCGUCGGCGCCUCUGAAAGGUUCAGAGCCGCCCGCGUACGGUUCGAUCGCGCCCCCGCGGCCUCCUGCACCGCCCGCCGCCCCCCAGCAGCACGUGCCCAACAACCCCUUCGUAUCCGGUGCUUAUUACCAGACGGAGCCAGUCCAGCCACCAGCACAGCCUUACCAGGAUCCAGCGGAAGACGGUACCUAUUAACUUAACCUUUAAGAUGCCAUCAGAUCAUUGCAUUCUACGGAUAUUGAUUUUUCUAAACAAGAAUAUGUUUGUUUCGAUCAGAUAAAGACUAAAGAGGUUUUUCUUCGUGGACCGAUUUCAGUAACUAAGGGUUAAUAUCAUUUUAAUCGUUAUGUUUUUGAUCCUUUGUGUUUUAUAAAAUUAUUAGCCCAAUUAAACUACAAAUAUUUAAUUAUAUAGUAUUUAUUAAUUUAUUUAAACUCUAUUUAGUUGUUAACUUCAGAUAAAUUGUUGUUUAUCAACAUAGUUUUUUAUUAAUUGCAAUUAUUAUAUUUCCUAUUUAACUCAAAGCUAAAUAUUAUAAAAAAUUUCGUAACUAUCUCAAAUAUUUAAAAUACUAUUAUUUUAUUUACAAUAUUAGAGGUGGAUUCAAAAUGAAGGAUCAAAAACAAAGUAGGUUUAACAAACGAUAGAGAUUUAUAGACACACAAUUCGUUAUUAUUUACAAAAUGUCGAAUAAAUAGCUAAGACAACUUAAUUAAUAAUAAUGCGUAUAACCAGUAAACGUAUCGCUAAGAUUCACUGAAUGUAAUAUAUAUUCGCGACUAUUUAUCAGCUUUCCUUGAGAAAGUUGUUUUUACAUAAGAUAUUAUAAGUAUGAUGUAUCCUGUUACUACUUCACGGAUGGUUUCAAAGGGGGCUUUCAGACAUUUGCAAUAUUUUCAUAGUUAAAUGAUUAAUGUGACUAGUAAGUUAUUGUUGGACUACAUUGUACUCGGACUUCAUGAUUAGUACUGCUUAUAAACUAAUCUUAUUCAUUACAUGGAAUUAGCUUAGGUGUUUAUAAAUCCAAAAGAGUAAGAACGGCUUAAGCGCCAUUAUUGCAAGCCAGUGAUAAAUUCUUCGAUACAGAUAAGAUCCAACGUACAAUAACGAAAUAUUAUAUAUUUAAACAUAAAUGUAUAUGUAUGAAACAAUGGCGUAAGUUGAUUAAACCGAUUUUUUCUUGAAACUCUACAGUUCUUGUUGUACGCAUUCAAUGAGAUAAUCUUAUGCAGGCCGCCAUCGAUACCUUGAAAUAUUUUUUCUGCAUUAACAAUGAGGAAUACUUAAUCUCUCUUUCGUUUCGUGUAACUUAAUAACAAAAAUAUAGUUCAUAUUAUAAGUUAUGAGUUCUGGCGAUUACAGAAAUUAAAUUAUUACAGAUUCUUUAAAAAUGUGUGUCAGUAAGUUCUAUAUUUAAAUGGUAUUUCAUUAAACUCACAUGAGAGAUUAACAUCCCUUUUGUUACUUUUUUUGCCACUACUCGAUCGUUUACAAUGAUUGUUUGCUUGGAUCAAUGAUAAUAUUUAAAAUAAAAUGGAGGUUACCCAAGGCAACUGCAAACUAAAACUUAGUUUUAAAAAAAAAUCUGCCACAUAUAAAAUGAAAAAGUAAAUAUUUUGCCGUUCUUACUCUCACGGUCAAAACAUUCGUAAUACGCGCAAUCAAACACUUUCAUCUUUGUUGAAAAAUUAUCAAAUUGUAUUUGUUGUAGUUUCCUUUUAGAAUUCACAAUUGUGGUUUCGGCAGUGGCUGGAGUGAUUAUUUAUUUUUGAAUUUAACUUUUAAAAUGUUUUAUGAAAUAACAAGUACAAAUUUUUAUCAGAAAAGUCUUUAAUUGAAUAAUAGAACAUCUGGGCUCAAUAAUAUCAAUUUGUAACAUGUACGGAGCUUGAUCUUGAUAGCUGUGCUAGUUUUGAAGGUGAAAAUUCUUUGUAGAAAGGUUAAGUUACAAUAAAAAGAAGUUAAAGAAUUAUUUACCUUAUAAAUUAUGUAUAUUUCAAAUAAAGAUUAAAAAGUAAAUAUAUUUUAUUAUACAACAAAAAAUCCAGCCACAGCCUAACAGUGCGUUUGGUGCCUGUUAUCAUCAUGAUCUCAGAUUAUUUUAGCUAACACUUGUACAGAUGUAUAUAAGUUACAUUGGCAUAUCAUGGAAGUAUAAAUAUUUUAUCAAUAAGUUUUAUAUAUUUUGUAUCAAAGCAUCAUUUUGCAUUGUUAUGUUGAGUUUUUCGAUCACAAAUCUCGUCCUUGUUGCUAAGUUUCAUAGUGUUGUUGUAAAAUGUUUAUAAAUAUUUACUAAAUACUUAAAUUGUUCAAAUCUAGUAUUGUACUUAUCUUCCUACACAAGUAAAUGUGGUGUGCAGUCGGCCAUAGUUUAAUUUCUAACUGAUAUUAGGAAAACUAGGUACAGAUUUUUACAAUAGUUAAAGUUCAGUGUCCUAACUUGUCUACGUAAAUAAAUAUUAUAACACGUGGUCGGCUGCACGAUAGAUGUAGAAAAUUUAUUAAAAUGUUAAUAUUAAUAAGGGAAGUAAUGUUACCGCUCUUGAUUUUAACACGUUUAAUGUAUAUAAUAUUAUGCUUUUAAAUAUGUGGUCGUUGCACAUCUUAUAAGUUUUGAUUUAUUGAUUUGGUUGUGCGACAGGCGUAAUAAUUUAUAAAUACUAUUAUAAUUAAAUAUUUGUUAUAUUGUGUUAUUAAAUUAAACAUUUCAAAGGAGUGUGACUCCAUUUCAAAAAGAUAUUUUCCUCUCUUAACGUGAUUUUUUCUUCUUCUAGAAUUAAAUAGGAUAAGUUCGGUAAAGGUAAAAAAUCAUGAGUAAAAUAUUAAUGUUCGGUCGCGAUUUUUUUCAAGAAUCAGCACUACUAUCACUUGUCCUUGUUUUAAAUGAUCUAUUCUACCUGCAUACAUAUUAUAAUAAGAUUUCUAAUUGCUACGCGUAUGUUACUGUGACAGCCUCCGUGGUAAAGCUGAUGAGAUUGUCCAUUAACCGGAAGGCUGUCUGUUCAAUCGAUUGUGACAAAUGUUCGUAUGCAUAUAUUUAUUUCGGGGUUGGGUUUUGUGGCGUUAAAAAUACACCUAUUUCACAUUGGCACCCAAUGACACAUGUCUUGGAUCUUUGUGUGGGUAAGAACUAUGAGCGACGCAGUGUGUAUUCUAAUUCAAGUAAUAUACAUACUAUGGUUAAGAUAAAUUAUUAAAUAAUAUAUUUAAGCGUGCUAAGAAAAAUAUUAAUUAAAUGUAAACAUUUUAGCUCUCAGUACUUAGACAGCUGUAUAGAACAUGCUUUUAAUUAACAAAAUUACAUCAUAAGGUAUAAUAAUGUAGAUGCAUAAAAAAUAUUUAAAGGAUAUAGGUAAAUUAAAUUUCUAAUUGACACUGACAAUAAAUUUGUAUGAGUAUAAUGGGCCUAGGAACCGGUUUUUUUGUGGUGUAUAAUUAAAGUACCUAAGGUUUGUGUGAAAAUUACGACAAUAAUAUUUGACUGGUAAUAUUUGAGACCAACAUCACACUUGUUAAAUUAUGCACGAAAAAAUGUAAUUUUGGCUAAUUUUUAAAUUCAUUUUGAUAUAAGUAUUUUAGAUUGUCUAGGAAAUGCAUAAAAACAGACAUGACUUCUGAUUAAUUUCACCUCAUUCAAAAUUAAAUUAAACGCGGACAAAGUAAUGAUUAUGUUAAAAAAUACUAUAACCACAAAAGCAGUAGUAACUUUUAGAAUACAGUUUUUAUAGUACUAUACCAUACAAACCUUGUUUUGAAGGGCAUAAAAUUAUUUUUUUAAAUUCUAAGUAACUUCACUAUUUUUUUAACUACGAAUUAAAUGUAUGUAGUACAAAACUAUAUCUAUUGCCAAUAAAUGCAACUUGCAAAUUAUACCUAAUUGAUAAAUCAUUAAUAAGUAUUAUUAGGCAAUAAAAAUAUGAAUAACCAUUUAUUUUUCCUAAAGCAUGACUUAUUAUCAUCUUAUACUGGUUUAUAUUUGCAUCCAGCCAGAAAAAUAAUCCUCCGACUGACAACCAUCAAGUUACACAAAAUUUCUUGUUGGUCGACGCUGUAUUUGGAGUAGAUAAAUGGGAGUCAGCAUGUUAAUUAUCUUACCUCGUUGACAUAAAGAAAGACAUUAAAAAUGAAUUGCAUUUGGAUUAUAUUGGACUCACAAUCUUACUCAUUUUGACUCGUGGACAAAAAAUAAAUAAAAAUAAUUCUAUUUGGAACAAAUUGGACUCACUAUCUUAUAUAACUUGACUCGUGGACAUAAGAUUUAAAAAAAAUCAUGGUUCCAUAUUUGAAAACUAAUGUCGCCGACGGAAAUAUUUGAGUUACUUUAUACUCUAUUCUUUUCUUUUCGGUUACAUUAAAUAGUAAUUUCGAAUUCGAAUCGUAAUUUCGAAUUACUACAUAGUUUGAGCAAAUUUAGAAUUGUCGACUGUAAAAUGAGCGAUUCUCUGUCGCCAUUAGACGUACAAGUUUAAAGCUUAAUUCAAAGUUCGAAGUGAUGUUGAUACUUAUUUGACAUAAAUCGAAAAUAAAAUAUAAAAUAUUGCGAUCAAGACAAUAAUUCUAUUACAACAAAGGUCAAUCAAAGACGAAAAUACGAGUUUGACAAGCGACGCUACAAAUUUCGUGAAAGUUAUCUUGAAAUGAAUAUUACUAACACACAUAAUUGUAUAUUUUCCGACAUACCAACCGAGCUCGAACAUCUAACUUGAAAUGAAAAUUAGUAACACGCAUUUUUUUAGGAAUACCAACCGACUUGAAAUAUUGUACUAGUUGUAUUUAGCUUUAAAAUACUCAUUCUAUAAUCACGACGUACGCAAAUAGAAAUUACUAUAAUAAGUUACUAAUUGUAAAUAUUCAAAUAAUAUGUUUAAAGGUAGUAAAAAAUGAUAAUGAAACGUUAUUAUGCCAAUAAUACUCAUGUCAAAGUAAUGUGAAUGUAUUCGUAAUAGUAGGAAUUUUAAUAUUUAUGACUAAAUAGCGAACUAUUGAUACAUAGUUCGGCGUAGUUAUACAUAUAUAUUAUAAUCAGCUUAUUCAUAUAUACCUAUUAUAUAAUCUUCGCGAAAAUAUUAUAUGUAUAUGUAGCUAUAUUUAAAGGACAAUAAAUAUAAUAUGUAGUGUAUUGGACAUCGGUGAGAAUUAUCAUGUUUUUAUUUCCACAGUUAAUGCGUUUUAUAAUCAAUGUUGUCUUGAAACACGAAAUGCGUAUUUCUAUAAAGGCAUGAGAAAUUUCACGAAACGUUGGAACAAUGCAUCCUAUUAUUAUCAAUCGAACGAGACCGCAUAAUAUUUUACCGCGAAAUAUACCACGGUACAGACUUAAUAGCUUUUGAGCGUGAAAUACUUAUUUGACUAUAGGUGGAGUUGAGAUUUCUAAAUCCAAUGCAUUCCACAUUCAUGGAAAUUUACAGAUUUCGUGUUUCUAUUACGACAUGCAUACAUUCUAUCUUUUAUAAUUUUAUUUUAAACGACAUGCAAAAAUAUAAUCAAAGAGCUUUUAAAUCCUUUUUUACUUUUACUGAAAUCUCAUUACCUUUCUGUAGCCGGUUCUCCUCGAAGAUUUAGUAAUAAAAUAGCUUAUAAAAAACACAUACCAAUAAAGUUCGCUACAACAGGGUAAUAAGUAAACAUACACAUUCAUUCAAUACAUUUUAAGGAUCUUUAUUUAAACCCCCUGACUUACCUAGUAAAUUAUUGAAAAAAAUAUGUGUUAUCAGUAAAAUUUGAGAAAUAAUAAUUUUAGUUGUCUUAAGGUUGUUGAUAGAAAUGUCUAAAAUUAUAGAAUUAAGUCUGUUUGAGAACUUAGCUUGUACAAACUAUGAGUUUACUGCAACAUCCUCUCAAAACAUGAGAGACACCAGAUUCGACAUAAAACUAUCUAACAAAAUGAAUAAAUUUAGACAUUUUUAUAGUGGCCUAGUAGUAUUUUGUGUCUGAUAUUUUAAUAACCAUUAUAUUGCUACGUGUAAUUUUGACCAUCUUUGGUUUAGAAACUACAUAUAAAUAAUAUAUUUAUUUUAUUUCUAUUCUAUAUUAUAUGAUAUACAUACAUGGGUAACGAAAAUGGGUGGUGGAAAUGCGUUCAUCGGCAUGUAAAAAGCAUCGCCAGCAUUGUCAUAAGCUAUUGUAAUUAUUGUAAUAAGGUAAUUUGUAACAUUUACGGAUGUUUAGAUUGUUAUAUUUUUUUCUCAAGCUAGCUCACCGUGUGGUCUAGUUUUAACAAUAACAAGUUAUCUCAAAUCCAGGAUUUUAUUUAUUCUAUUCAUAUUACAACAAAAUAUAAUAUAUAAUACCUAUGAAGGAUCAAUAUUUUGAAUAUUUUAUUUUAAUAUAAGUAUGGACGUAUCACACAGACUUUAACUAAACAAUUAACUAUGAAAUUUAAUUACUUUCUGUGUGGUAUAAGCUAUUAGCAUGAUUUAAUAUAACCGUAAAUCAUAACAUUGUUUGGUUAUGAACCUAAAAAAAUUCUCUGAUGAAUAUUUAAGUGAUCAAAUUUUAUUGAAGCGAAAAUCUUUUUUCUACUUGAAAAUUGAACGUUUCAAAAGUUGCGUAAUAAAUUAUAGACCAAUCAUAUAUAUAAAAAGAAAUUUUAAAAUUUCUAUUUAAGUCUAUUAUAUAACUUAACUUUAAAGAUUAAUUUCUGUGUGUUUCAAAUUACUUUAAAUGUAAUGAUUGUUAAAUAUAGUUAAUUGUUGUAGUCUAUAGCAAAAAUAUUGUUUGAAAGAGUCUCUACACCGUCAAUUCUGUGAUGUAAAAAUGUUUUGAAUAACUUUGAAAAAAUAUCACUUGGAUGUGUAGUUAUUGUAUGUAUUCAUUAAAAGUAAAACAACAUAAAGUGUUAUUUUAAGUGAUUAAAUUAUAUUGACUAUUUUAAAAAGAAUUAUAUAUUAUGCCGCUAGGUGUAUGAAUCUUAAUUUUCUGAGAUCGAGUACAUGAAGGAGGCUGCAGACGAUGAAAUAAAAUUUAAAUCCAACUUUCACUUUCAAUUGUUUUGACCAGUUAUUUUCUUGGCGUGUGUAUUUAGAAUAAAGAUGGAGUUUUUCAUAAUUAAUUAGAUCGAUAUGAUUAUCUGUAGUCUCUUUCCAAAAGCAGUUGUUAAAACGUUAAAGAGUUUUUUCCGAGUUCGCAUUGCUCCUUGUAUAAAUUCUGUAUCAAUGGGUUUUAGGUUAAUUGACCGGGAAAUGUGCUUUCAACAAUAGGCUUGGGCUAGGAAAAGAAUUGAUGUACAUUCCGCUUUGGUUAAGUUAUUCUAUGAUAAUUUUCACAAUGUCCAAGACAAUGGCAGAAAGGGUAUGGAUCCCCCCUGCACUUGUUAAUGUGCACGUAAUAAUAAGGUUUAAAA